UGUUAAUCUAGGAGGAGAGAAUAGAUUUACUCUUAGAUUAUUGUCCUAUUCAUUAUUGAAAUAGAUAUUAUUGAGUCCAUAUAUUUACUAUUUAGAUCUAGAGGUCUAGAAUAUUAGAAUACAUCUACUUUAUAGAUCUAGAUCUAUAGAUUAUUCAUUAGAUUAGAUCUCGAAUAGACAACUCGUCAUCUACAUUGUCUACAUAUCUAGACUACUUCUAAAACUAACUAGUAAUAUUUAAUAUUAAUAUAAAUCUAGUAAUAGAGAGAUUCUCAAAGAUAGACCGUUAGCGUUAGAGUUAGAGUCGACUUAGACUUAAAAUCUUAUAGUAUAGAAAGAAAUAGUUAAAGAUCUAGACUCUAUAAUUAUAAUAAUUAAAAGUGACAAUAGCUAGUCACUAGUCUAGUGACAGUGUCCAGUCACUCCAGUGUUAUUCACUUUAUUAUUCAGUAAUCAGUUAUUGAGUCAUUGACUUCAUUGAGCGUGUUUAUCAUCCAUGCUGUGUUAGUGUGUAAAUUAAACUCAGCUUAAUUAAAGUAUGUAUCAUCAGACAUCAUGAUUAUGAUUGAAUGCAAUUCUUCAUUUCUUGUCAUGAUUGACAGAAUCAUUCAUGAUGGUGAUGAUAAUCUGAUAAUCAUGUUGAUGGAUGAUGAUCAUGAUCUGAUAAGAUCAUAAUUCAAGUACAUAAAUUGAUUAUUAUACACUUUUAAUGAAAGCUCUUGAAAAAACCAACAGAAAUGGCUACUAAAAUUGUGUUACAAAGUUUUGUUGCUGGUCUAAAGCAGCGUCAGGAAGAUGUUAGGUUUAAAACAGCAAUUGAGUUGCAUCACUUUGUAGUGACAGAGCUUCGUGAGAUGCACCAAGAUGAUGUGGCUUCAUUCAUGGAUGACUUUAAUCAUCAUAUUUUUGAAAUGGUCUCAAGUUCUGAUGUCAAUGAAAGAAAAGGUGGUGUACUUGCUAUUGUUAGUCUUCUAGGUGGUGAUGUUGGUAAUAUUGGUACUCGCAUGAGUCGGUUUGCCAAUUACCUAAUGAAUUUGUUGCCCUCAAACUCUUAUGAUCUUGGGGUUAUGGAAAUGGCUGCUAAAGCUGUUGGUAUUCUGGCUUUAUCUUCUGGAAAUUAUGCUGCUGAAUAUGUUGAAUUUGAAGUUCGAAGAGCUCUGGAAUGGCUUGUAUCUGACAGAAUUGAAGGUAGAAGGCAAGCAGCUGUUUUAGUGUUAAAGGAAUUGGCUGUAAACACACCAACAUUUUUUUAUCAACAAGUCCAACAAUUUUUUGAUUCUAUAUUCUUUGCAGUAAGGGAUCCAAAGCCAUCUAUUAGAGAAGGUGCAGUUGCUGCAUUAAGAGCUGCUUUAGCUGUUACAUCACAGAGAGAAACCAAAGCUUCACAAAGAUCAGUUUAUAAGCAAUGCUUUGAAGAAUCACUAAAACCUUUUGAUGAAUCUAUUGGUCGUGAGAAAAAAAUGACUAGAGAUGAUUGGAUGCAUGGUUCACUUCUUAUUAUCAAUGAACUUUUAAGAUGCAGUAACAAUGAUGCAGAGCGUUUACGCAUGGAGGUGGAAGAAAUAACUUCAGAACAAGUUAUUCAUGAAAAAUCUUCUAGGGACAUUAACAGUAAAACAAGGGGACAUACUGGGGUGUCACCUCUACAGCAGAUCCAACAGAAAUCUUCUCCUUUGUAUGUCUUUUGUCCUGGUGCCAGAGAAAGCCAACAGAAGAUACCUUUGUUUGAAAGUAAAACUUGCAAAGACCUUAUGAAUGGAAAUUUUGAUAGGAUCUGUAAUUUGAUGUUGAAUCACCGUACAAGUAGAAGUAUUUAUGUUCAGCAAACUUUAUUGAGUGCAUUGCCAAGAUUGGCUGCAUUUAAUCCACAAGUAUUUUCUAGAAUCUACUUACAGGACACAAUUAAUUUCCUUAUGGGAAUUUUGAAAAGAGAACGUGACAGGGGGUCUCAAGCCUUUCUUGCUGUUGGUUUCUUGGCUAUUGCUGUUCAGGGCGAGAUUCUGACUUACAUGAGUCGUAUUAUGGACAUAAUUAGAAACUCUCUACCAACUCGAGAUCAUGUGGCAAAGAAAGGUCGCCACUUGAUUGUUGAUCCUUCUGUUUUUACUUGUAUAAGCAUGUUAGCUAGAGCUAUGGGUCCCCAGAUGACCAGUGAUGUCAGAGAAUUACUGGAUAAUAUGUUGGCCACUGGACUAAGUCCUGCGCUUACUGCAGCCUUGAGAGAACUCGCAUUACAGAUUCCUCAAUUGAAAAAAGACAUUCAAGAUGGACUUCUCAAAACCUUGUCCCAAAUCCUAAUGGGUCAGCCUUUAAGACACCCAGGUGCUCAAAGUGUACCACAACCAGUUCAAACAGCCCUACCAUUAAGUGAUGCCAAUGAUGUUACAAAUGUAACCCUUGCACUUAGAACACUGGGCAGCUUUGACUUUGAAGGCCACUCACUUACCCAGUUUGUGCGCCACUGUGCAGAGCAUUAUUUGGGCAGUGAACACAAAGAGAUAAGGAUGGAAGCAGUGACUACAUGUGCCCAACUUCUAUCUCCACUUCUUCUGUUAUUGUCGAAACAACCUGGUCACGUUAGCAUGACAGCUAUGACAACAGUGGCUGAAGUACUUAAUAAACUUCUUGUUGUUGGCAUCACAGAUGCUGAUGCUGAUAUUCGAUAUAAUGUACUUACUUCACUUGAUGAACGCUUUGACCCACAUCUUGCUCAAGCUGAGAAUCUUAGUGCCUUGUUUAUUGCAUUGAAUGAUGAGGCUUUUGAAAUUCGUGAACGAAGUAUUUGUAUGAUUGGCCGCCUCAGCUCUAAAAAUCCAGCUUAUGUGAUGCCAUCUCUGAGGAAAGUGCUCAUUCAGAUUUUAACAGAGUUAGAGCACAGUGGUAUUGGUCGAAAUAAAGAACAGGCUGCAAGAAUGUUAGGACAUUUAGUGUCCAAUACUGCUAGACUUAUUAAACCCUAUAUGGUGCCAAUAAUGCAGACAUUGAUUCCUAAAUUGAAAGAACCGGAUCAAAACCCAGCAGUUACCAUUAGUGUCCUACAGGCCAUAGGAGAGCAAGCUCAGGUGAGUGGACCAGACAUAAGUCAGUGGAUGGAUCAAUUGCUGCCCAUCAUAUUAGAUAUGUUACAAGAUUCAUCAUCUUUGCAAAAGAGAGAGGUGGCUUUGUGGACUCUUGGACAAUUGGUUGAAAGUACUGGAUCAGUUGUAGAACCUUAUAGUAAAUAUCCUAAUCUACUGGAUGUGCUGCUCAAUUUCCUGAAGACGGAACAGUCUAUAAGUAUUAGACGAGAGGUCAUUCGAGUCUUAGGGCUGCUUGGAGCACUAGAUCCUCAUAAACAUAAAAUGAAUCUUGGAGUGAUAUCUGAUUCUGAAGCAGGGGUCAAUAAAACAGCUGGUCAGGAGACCACUUCUGGUGAUGUAAAUACAAGUGAGUUGAUGAGCAGCUGCAGCACUCUAGAAGAAUUCUAUCCUGCUGUAGCCAUCAACUUAUUGAUGAGGAUCAUCCGAGAUCCCUCUCUGUCUCAGCACCACAAUAUGGUGGUUCAAGCAAUCACAAUCAUCUUUAAGUCUCUCAACAUCAAAUGUGUUCCUUACAUCCAGACUGUCAUACCAGCUUACUUGACUGUCUUCCGUACAGCUGACCCCAGUUUUAGAGAAUUUUUGUUUCAACAACUUGGAGUUAUCAUUGCUAUAGUCAAACAGCAUAUCAAGAAUUACUUGGAAGACAUCUUUAACCUCAUUAAGGAGUAUUGGAUCAAUUCAACCUCCAUGCAAAGUGCCAUCAUAAUGCUUAUUGAGCAAAUUGUGAAUGCUCUGGGUACAGAGUUUCGUAUCUACCUUCCACAAAUUAUUCCCCAGAUACUUCGAGUGUUCAUGCAAGAUAAUAGUGAAAAUAAAAUUGUUACAGCUAAGCUUCUGAAAGCUUUGGAAUUAUUUGAUGGCAAUUUAGAUGACUAUCUUCAUUUAUUGCUGCCUCCAGUUGUCAAAUUAUUUGAUAAUCCAGAGAAUCCAAUUCAUGUUAGAAGGAGUGCACUGGAAACAAUUGAUCGCUUAACUGACUCACUUGACCUCUCAGAUUAUGCAUCCAGAAUCAUCCACCCAUUGGUGCGCACAUUGGACACAACACCAGCACUUCAUGGCGUGUGCAUGGAUACUCUUUGUACAUUAGUCAUUCAGCUGAACCACAAGUUUACUAUCUUCAUCCCAAUGGUUGCCAAGGUAAUGAAUAGACAGAAGAUACAACACCAGAGGUUCCAUGUGCUUAUGACAAGGAUUCUUAAAGGAACCACAAUUGCAGAUGAAGAGGAUGAUCCUAUAUUGAUGAAAAAAGAAAGACAAGAUCAACUGAAAAAGAAAGGAAAAGAUCGUUCAGACAAUGCACCAGAUACAACAGCUAUUAAAAAACUUACUGUCAAUUUUGAUACUAUGAAAAGAGCUUUAGAAACAGGACGUCGUGUAUCUAAAGAAGACUGGAUGGAGUGGCUGCGUAAACUCAGUUUAGAACUUCUUAAAGAGUCACCAUCACCAGCUCUCAGGUCUUGUCUGGCCUUGGCUCAGACUUACAACCCAUUGGCCAGGGAUCUUUUUAAUUCAGCAUUCCUGGCAUGUUGGACAGAGCUGACAGAAAUACAACAAGAUGAAGUGAUAGCAAGUCUUGAAAAAACUCUGACCUCUCAGGAGAUUCCAGAGAUAAUGCAAACACUUUUAAAUUUAGCAGAGUUUAUGGAGCAUUGUGAUAAAGGACCACUUCCACUAGAUGGUCAUCUUCUUGGAGAAAGAGCCAUGAAAUGUAGAGCCUAUGCUAAAGCCUUACAUUAUAAGGAAGAUGAAUUUCACAAAGGGCCAAACACACAGAUAUUAGAAAAUCUCAUCAGUAUCAACAACAAACUUCAGCAGAGAGAAGCAGCUAAAGGAGUUUUGCUGUAUGCACAGAAACAUAACCAUGCCAAUCUAAAAGUCCAGGAAAGCUGGUACGAAAAACUUCAUGAUUGGGAUAGAGCUUAUCAGGCAUACACUAGAAAACAAGAGCUGAAUAAAGAUGAUGACAACCUGACACUGGCUAAGAUGAGAUGUUUGGAAGCUAUCGGAGACUGGAACACAUUACAUCAGAUUGCACUAGAUAGAUGGCCAGUUGUCUCAGAUGAAAUUAGAACUAGUAUGGCUCGUAUGGCUGCAGUUGCUGCAUGGGGUUUAGGUCAAUGGGAUAGUGUUGAGCAAUAUAUGUGCUUGAUUCCACGUACAAGCCAUGAUGCUGCCUUUUUUAGAGCUGUCUAUGCCCUCCAUUGUGAAAACUAUCCACUAGCUCAACAAUGUAUAGAUAAAGCUCGUGAUAUUUUGGAUACAGAAUUGACAGCUAUGGCUGGUGAGAGCUACAACAGAGCCUAUGGUGCUAUGGUCAAUGUUCAAAUGCUCUCAGAGUUGGAAGAAGUUAUUCAAUAUAAAUUGGUGCCAGAGAGGAGAGAAGCUAUUCAACAUAUGUGGUGGAACAGACUUAAGGGAUGUCAAAGAGUUGUUGAAGACUGGCAGAAAAUUCUUCAAGUUCGAUCACUUGUUAUAUCUCCUGAAGAAGAUAUGGAGACUUGGUUGAAAUUUGCAAGUUUAUGUCGUAAAAAUGAUCGUGUGGGCUUAUCACAAAAAACCUUGGUCACUUUGCUGGGAACAGAUCCAUCUAAGAACCCAGACAAUUUUAUUCCUACCACACAUCCUAAAGUCACAUUUGCUUACAUGAAACACAUGUGGAAAGAAAAUCGUAAGAAAGAGGCCUACCACAAACUUCAGAUAUUUAUUAAACAAGCUCUUCAGACUAAAGCAUUACAAAUAAUUGGUCCAGAUGAAGCUGCUCAGAGAGCAAAGUUGAAGCAAUUGACAGCCAGGUGCUACUUACGUCUUGGACAAUGGUCUGAAGAACUCCAUGGUAUAUCUGAAGAAUCUAUUCCACAGAUAUUAGAAAACUAUGAUCUUGCCAAAGAGCAUGACAAUGAUUGGUACAAGGCUUGGCACUCUCUGGCAUUAAUGAACUAUGAAGCUGUUUUGUUUUACAAACAAAAAGAGCAAGUUACCAUGACUGCAUCUGCUGCAGCUACACCAGACAACAUGGACUCAUCAAAACUAGAUGCAUCUCCCAGACCAGAAUCUAUAUCAGCAAAGAUUCAGAAAUAUUGCAUUUAUGCUGUGCAUGGAUUCUUCAGGUCUAUUGGUCUGUCAUCACAAAAUAGUCUUCAAGACAGUUUAAGACUUCUGACAUUGUGGUUUGACUAUGGUCAGUGGCCAGAGGUGUAUGAUAUGAUGAAUGAAGGAAUUAAAAGUAUUCAGAUUGACAAUUGGCUUCAAGUCAUUCCCCAACUUAUUGCCAGAAUAGAUACACCAAGGUCUCUAGUCCAACGUCUAAUUCACCAACUUUUGAUUGAAAUUGGCAAAGCUCAUCCUCAGGCUCUGAUUUAUCCUUUGACAGUGGCCUCCAAGUCGAAUGCUCCACUUCGACAAGCUGCAGCCAAUAAAAUUUUGAAGAGCAUGUGUGAAAGAAGCCAGACAUUAGUUAGCCAAGCUAUGUUGGUUUCAGAGGAAUUGAUUAGGGUAGCCAUAUUGUGGCAUGAACUUUGGCAUGAAGGACUAGAAGAAGCCUCAAGACUUUAUUUUGGAGAUCGAAAUGUGAGAGGAAUGUUUAGUACAUUAGAACCACUUCAUGCCAUGACAGAACGGGGACCACAGACCUUAAAAGAAACUUCUUUCACUCAGGCUUAUGGUCGUGAUCUAAUGGAAGCCCAAGACUGGUGCAGAAAAUAUCAAAGGUCAGGAAAUGUCAAGGAGUUGACACAAGCGUGGGACUUGUAUUAUCAUGUUUUUAGAAGAAUUUCUAAACAGCUACCUCAGUUAACUUCAUUAGAGCUCCAAUAUGUUUCACCCAAGCUUCUACGUUGUAGAGACCUUGAACUUGCUGUGCCAGGAUCAUAUGAACCCAAUCAGCCAGUCAUUCGUAUCCACCAUGUCCAGAGUUCAUUGCAGGUCAUCACCUCCAAACAGAGACCCAGAAAAUUGAGCAUAUUUGGAAGUGACGGUGAAGAGUACCAGUUUCUUCUAAAAGGACAUGAAGAUUUGAGACAGGAUGAAAGAGUAAUGCAACUUUUUGGACUUGUCAAUUCACUACUUCGUAACAACCCUGACACCUUUAGAAGAAAUCUUACUAUAACAAGAUUUGCAGCCAUUCCUUUAUCCACCAACUCUGGAUUGAUUGGCUGGGUCAGAAACUGUGAUACUAUCCAUGCCUUAAUACGAGACUACAGAGACAAAAGAAAGAUUCUACUUAAUAUAGAGCACAGAGUCAUGCUACGAAUGGCCCCAGACUAUGACCACUUGACCCUGAUGCAGAAAGUAGAAGUAUUUGAACAUGCUUUAGAACAUACACAGGGUGAUGAUUUAGCUAGAAUAUUGUGGUACAAGUCUCCAAGUUCUGAGGUUUGGUUUGAUCGACGUACCAACUAUACCAGAUCAUUGGCUGUAAUGUCAAUGGUGGGCUAUGUCUUGGGUCUUGGUGACAGACAUCCCUCCAAUUUGAUGUUGGACAGAAUCAGUGGUAAGAUUAUUCAUAUUGACUUUGGAGAUUGCUUUGAAGUGGCCAUGGUCAGAGAAAAGUACCCAGAGAAAAUUCCAUUCAGACUGACACGCAUGUUGAUCAAUGCCAUGGAGGUGACAGGCAUUGAUGGUAACUACAGAAUGACUUGUGAGAAAGUGAUGGCAGUACUCAGAGAAAACAAAGAGUCUUUGAUGGCUGUACUUGAAGCUUUUGUCUAUGAUCCACUUCUGAGCUGGAGGUUAGUGGAUGCUCACAAAACUAAAGCUGGUGGAGGUAAGGGUGGCAAGUCUGGUGGAUCUAUCAAUGAAAGUCAUGGAUCUGCAAAUGGUGACCUUAUGGAGAACAUAGAUGGUACUCAGUCUGCUGGGGCCACUAAGAAACCUGAAGCUGGAGAUCCUGGUGAGGAAGUAAGUGUAGCCCCAGAAGUCACCAGCAAGAAGGCCAUAUCUAUAGUCAACAGAGUCAGGGACAAAUUAACAGGCCGAGACUUUGGGCAAGAGGACCCAGUGGAUGUAAACAAACAAGUAGAUUUACUUAUUCAGCAAGCAACAUCUCAUGAAAACUUAUGUCAGUGUUAUAUUGGAUGGUGUCCGUUUUGGUAGUGUGACACAAGGACAGCUUGAGGCCAAUUUUAUUGACAUUUCAGAGGUUGUCAUUUCUAUUGAUUUCUUUGCAGUUUUGAAGAGUUACAUAAACAUUUAUUGAGGAUGUUUCUUUAAUUGCAAUAGGGCAGAUCAAAUAGUACAAAUAUCUCUUAGUAUCAGUACUAAUAGCAAAAUAUACACAUACUGGACAUGGGGCGUUUUAUCAUAAACUUGUAUAGAAUUGUUUUCAUUGACAUUAGAAAUAGCGUGGUUUAAUUUUACUAGAAAGUAGACAUGUGUUGGUCAAGUCUCUUGAUAAAAUUCUAUUCUAUUGUUUCUUUAGAAAUAAGUGUAGUUACAGCAUGUUGACAUUCAACAAGUUCUGUUGACUGUCCUCAAGUUUGUUUUGGACAAGUUGAUUAGUUCAAAUGUUCAUUCAUGUCAAUAUUGUUGUAAUGCUAUUUUGUAGAAUUCGUUAUAAAUAUUUAUUUGUCGUUUCAUUUUUGAAUUGAUCCUAAUUGGUCAGAUGUCUUUGAUUUAGUUCAGCAGCCCACAACAUCUCAUCUUUAUCCAUUCAUAGUUUCACAGCAUUGUUUCCUUUGAUUUACUGACACAGUUCAACAUUAUUUUGUGUAGCAUUAUUACAUUUAGAAUUUUUUAUAUUGUGCAGGUGAGAAAAAGGUCCCCCCCCUCCCAAUGCCCUGUCUGUACUGAAUGUAUGUAUGUGUAUAUUUAUAUUGGAGAAUUCUAUAGUCAAGAAUGAGGCCAAUCAGUUUGCCUGAGGUGAAUGACAUCAUCCUGGACACACAAUUUAAUUGUAGUGCUGAAUCCAUAUAGCUUCGGUAAUGAAGUAUUUGUUUAUUAUUUGAAGUCACUGUUAAUAGAAUUGUGUGCUUUAUAUAUAUAUAUAUAUAUAUAUAUAUAAAGAUUGUUUACAGUAAGUAUGUUAUUAAACAGAACUCUUUUUUUUUUCUCUUUCAAUAAAAUAUUAAUUCUCC